UUUGUCUGUCGGGGAUUGUUUUCUUUCGAUCGAAAUGAGGAAUCCCACAAAUGCGGGCGCCAUUCAAAUUGGUCAAAUUGCGCCAUCAGUGGUUAUGUGUUAAACCAAGCCCGGACUCGGCCAUCAUUUCGUGGUGAAUUUUUUUCAACAAGGUUCUUUAAUUUAAACUUUCUCGUUUUGUAAGGCUCUGCGAAGUUCGCUGAAUAGGACAUGAUUUUCGGGAAUGAAGGUCCCUUUCGCAAGUUUUGGGUACGACAUGACAAUCGUUGAAAACAGUUAGAAGGUAGUUGAUAGAAACUCCGGGAAAAUGAUCAUGAUCGUGACUUGGAAUCGAUCGGCAUUGAUAGGACUGCUGGCGGGAUUCGCUCUGCUGUGGGCACCUGUGGCGCGUUGUGAAGAUUAUGAAGACCAUGUGUUUCUCAGUUGCCCACCAAAUAUCACCAUAAACCUCACAUUGGUAAAAGCAGAGGCUGUAGCCACAUGGCAACCUCCCGAAAUAUCAGACACCUCGGGUGAUUACAACUUCACCUCGGAUCACAGCUCGGGAGAUGUAUUUCCUAUAGGAGACACCACUGUGCAUUAUACUGCUACAGAUGCAUCCAGCAAUACUGCAACUUGUGAAUUUGUUGUCAGCGUAAAAGAUUUGAGAGUUCUCGAGUUCAGCAAUUGCCCCACAGACAUCACUCAAAUCCUGCAGAGCGGCCAAUCCAGAGAUGUGGCCGCGUGGCGAGAGCCAAUCAUCUCGCUGGAAGGCAGAGAGGUCUCUGUUACAGCCAAUCACAGGCCGGGCGAGUUGUUUGACCUGGGUCGCACAGAGGUCAGCUACACUGCCGUGGAUACUCUGGGGAACUCUGCAUAUUGCAACUUCAUUGUCAUUGUCACUGGAUAUCCCUACAACCAUUUUGUCCUUAUCGAAGACUCCUUCCUCCCUGGCCGUGAUGACCGCAUCCUGUUACAUUCCAGCGUGGAGGAAUGCCUCAUUGCCUGCAUCAAGGAGGAGUCAUUUGUCUGCCAGUCCGUAGAUUUCAGUGCUAAGGAGAAGUGUAUGCUGAGUCGCACCACAGCGGCUGAUCUGUGGGGGAUACUAGCCAAACAUGAGGGCUUCGCUCACUACGAGAGACUGAUGGAGGGUACCAGGCCUGUUUUGAUCGGCUGCCCACAACACAUGACACUACCAACCGAAGCUGGUCAGGCUUAUGCCACUGUCAGCUGGCGGGAACCAACCAUGAGUGACGGGGAACCAGCCGUGAUCAAAGGCACUCACUCUCCGAAGUCCAGGUUCUACGUCGGAGCGACGAGAGUGGUGUACACAACCAGUGACAGCACAGGGAAUACUCUAAGCUGCGACUUCUUUGUGACCAUCAAGGAUGAAGAGCCUCCCAUCAUAAGCAAUUGUCCGCAGAACAUCACCAAGGUUACGAGUGACCAGGAAGCAGUUAAAGCAUCAUGGGUAGAGCCCACGGCAACCGACAACUUGGGACCCCCUCAGCUGAUGAGUAGUAAUCACCGACCAGGCAAUUGGUUCCCACCUGGUUCCACCACUGUAACAUACAGUGCUCGGGACAAUGCGGGGAACCGGGCAGAAUGUUCUUUUGUCAUUCUCGUGGAGGACAUUCCAGACUCCAAUUAUAUUUGGCUUCACCUGGUACUUCACAACAUCACUUACUCUGAUGCCCUGCAGGACAACAACUCAGUGGAAUUCCAGAAAUUAGCCUCCACAAUUGAGAAAGAUGUUUUAAACAUCUUCCGUGAUGAUGGUACAGUAUUGGGUGUUAAAAUAGAUCGGUUCAGGUCUGACACGGAUGAUGGUGUAGCUGCUGAUGUGAAGAUAGGAUUCUCCGAGCCUCUUAACCAUGAAGAUCAACAGAGUAAAUUGCAUGCGAUUCUUGCGGCUAUUCUGAACAGAGUACUGGCAAACGUGGCAAAAGUUAAACUCGAGCAAGAUAAUGGCAAGUUUCAGAUUUUAGAUGCUUGCACACUUUCGCCAUGCCCGGCCACCAUGAAUUGCAGGGCAAUUGGCCUUCAGUGCAUUGCCAUGUGUACUGAUAAUGCAGAGUAUUGCCUGAAUGGUGGUCACUGUGGGACCAAUGAACAGAACCUUAUUACAUGCAACUGCCACGGUGAAAAUCAAGUGUACACGUACUCUGGUGACAGGUGUGAUUUGACAAGAAUGGCCUUAUCUGGCAAACAGCUGACUAUCAUCUCCCUUGGGGGUGUGUGGGCCGCCAUCAUGUUGGGAAUGUUGGCUAUGUACUGCAUUGCAUUCAGGUGCAGGAGACGUAGGAAAGGAUUUCUCUCUUGUUACAGUGAAGCCAGCAUUCCCUUGCAUGUCUUCGCUGACAGCCCCGCUGAGGUGCCAAGGGGUACACAUAUGGUGACCAGCGACGACCUGGGAUACACCUCACAAGGAGAAGAUGAGCUGAGCCCGGCCGAGAGUGAUAGCCACAUACGGAUCCACUUGGAAGACAGCAGGGAAGAAUCUCCUUUGGAUCAGUCAGAGGGGAGACCUGGGGGCAGGCUUGGUGCCCAUGACAGCAUGGUUGGCCCCCAUGAAGGUAGUGCGAGACCCCAUGAUGGCAGCACUAGACCCCGCAAUGAAGUCCCUGGCACCCAUGGUGGAAUCCCUGGCACCCAUGAUGGAAUCCCUGGCACCCAUGGUGGAAUCCCUGGCACCCAUGAUGGAAUCCCUGACACCCAUGAUGGCAUCUCUGGCACCCAUGAUGGAAUCCCUGGCACCCAUGAUGGAAUCCCUGGCACCCAUGGUGGAAUCCCUGGCACCCAUGAUGGCAUCCCUGGCACCCAUGGUGGCAUCCCUGGCACCCAUGAUGGAAUCCCUGGCACCCAUGAUGGAAUCCCUGGCACCCAUGAUGGAAUCCUCAGUCCUCAGGGCAGCAAAGCUAGCCCCCAAGAGAGCAGUCUUGGCUCCCAUGACAACAGCGCCAUACCUGGCCAAUCACAAAGCAGCAGCAGCUGCUCCUCAUGUACUUCUUGCAGCAGCGCCUCAGAUUCCUCCGACUGCCGAUCUCACACCUGCAGUUCCUGCACCUGCGACAGCGGGACAGAAGUCGUCCAAUUUCCCAGUUUGGGCGAUUCCAACACUACACCCAAAGGUGCGGCUAUUACCCCAACAGCUACUCCCCCUCAGAUGACAGUCCAAGUGGAUGUUGAGAGAAUCCCCUUUGAGCCGUCCGACAGUACGCACUCGUACGAUGGAAUGAUACCAGACCCGCUUGUCGAAAGUGACGUAUCUGUAGAUGAAUCAGUUCCCCUCAUCAACCCACAUCCACAGGCACUAGACCCACCAGAAACAACCCCUUUCUUAUCCCACUGCUUUGACAGAGAAAUGCCUGAAUGUGACCAGCCGAUAAGUGAAAGUGCUUCCCUCCUCGAAAUACAACCGCAGGUGAAAAGAGAGAACAUGUCUGAACAAAGGUCUGUGUCAUCUCACGGUACCCAUUCCUAUGAGGGAACAAUACCGGAUCCCGUUUCAGAGUUUGAUGAGCGCCGUGACAAACAGUCCGGUGAUAUACGCGACCCAACGCCAACAGGUGAUGGUGCCCCCAUAGAGUUGUACAACGAUGAGAGUUCCUCUGGCCAGUUAUUUAAUAUCCCAUCUAUUCACUUUGUUGAAGAAAGUGACGACAUUGUAAUGACCGAAGAAUACUUUGUCUAAAAGAGUUCAAAAUGGCCUUUUCUCUUUCUACAUGGCUUGAAGCAGCUGGGUACUGAAAUGAGAAACUGAAGAUGUGAGGAAACAUUUCAGUUGGUAUUACUGUUGAGCAACGGUGAGGGACAUUGUGUAAAAGAGGAUCCGAAAGUGAGAGAGCAUAACCGCAAAAGAUUUUUUUUCAAAGCACCCCCUCAAGUUCACCACCUG